GCUACGCCCAAGAAAGCUUGGUUACCAGCGCCUGGUUGCGGAGACGCAGUUUUUUUUUUCCUUCUCAUUGGCUGCGCCCAGUUUACAAGAAUUGCGAGGCGUGAGUGACAGCGUAAACGGGAUGCUGGCGGCUUGUGACUGAUGACGUCACGUGUGGGCGGGGCUAUGUAGUGUGACAGGGGACAUGCUGUGGUUGGAUGGUGAGGAUCACAUGUACCAAUUCCUGUACUGAGUGAGGCAUAUCACACAUCAAUGAGUCUCAGUUCACAGGGGAUGUCAUUAAUCUGACUAUAAUCAUGGAUUUCUAGCAAGAACAAAAUGACUAUUUAUUUAACAGCUUAAGACUCAGGAGGUUACACUAACAAUGGAAAAUAAAGGAUUCCACCGUUCCAGCCUAAACAGUCUCCACAGUAGCACAAGCGAUGAGGACAUGGUUGAAAUCACAGAAGGCACCCUAGAUUUCAAAAUUUCUGAUGAUGAUCCACCAAUAGAUGCAGAGAACGAUACUGAGUUUGCUACAUAUAAUGGAAAUGGAAUACAUGGGUCAUAUAAUGUGAUGGAUUUUCUUGAUGUACCAGGGGUGGGAACAUAUGAGGAUUUUAAUACAAUCGACUGGGUGAGAGAAAAGUCACGUGACCGAGAUCGGCACAGAGAGAUCUUGAGUAAGAGUAAAGAGUCCACCUGGGCACUUUUGCAUAGUGUCAGUGAUGCCUUCUCUGGAUGGUUGCUUAUGCUACUUAUUGGCCUUUUUGCAGGCUCUUUAGCAGGCUUAAUAGACAUCUCCUCUCAUUGGAUGACAGACCUUAAGGAGGGUAUUUGUGUAGAUGAGUUCUGGUUAACCCAAGAGCAGUGCUGCUGGAAAUCAGAAAAUGUGACCUUUGAAAACCCAAAUGACUGCCCAAAGUGGAGGAGCUGGUCUCAACUCUUACUCAACCAAAGUGAGGGCGCUUUUCCCUACAUCGUGAAUUACAUUUUGUACAUUUUGUGGGCUCUCUUCUUCUCCCUUCUUGCUGUUUUGUUGGUCCGUAACUUUGCUCCAUAUGCCUGCGGUUCAGGGAUCCCUGAAAUCAAGACUAUCUUGAGUGGAUUUAUCAUUCGGGGCUACCUGGGUAAAUGGACACUGAUUAUAAAGACUAUAACACUUGGCCUGGCUGUGUCUUCUGGCCUUAGCCUGGGCAAGGAAGGUCCCUUAAUCCAUGUGGCUUGUUGCUGUGGCAAUAUCUUGUGCCAUCUUUUUACAAAGUACCGUAGGAAUGAAGCCAAAAGGAGGGAGGUAUUGUCUGCUGCAGCUGCUGCUGGUGUGUCAGUGGCUUUCGGUGCCCCUAUUGGAGGAGUGCUUUUCAGCUUGGAAGAGGUCAGUUAUUACUUCCCAAUGAAGACUCUCUGGAGAUCAUUCUUUGCUGCGUUGGUAGCAGCUUUUACUUUGCGCUCCAUCAAUCCAUUUGGUAAUAGCCGCUUGGUGCUCUUCUAUGUUGAAUUUCACACACCUUGGCAUCUUCUAGAGCUUAUCCCAUUCAUACUCCUGGGAAUUUUUGGUGGAUUAUGGGGUGCUUUCUUCAUUCGAGCCAAUAUUGCCUGGUGCAAAAGACGGAAGACCACCAAAUUGGGUCGCUACCCAGUGUUGGAGGUCCUAGCUGUCACAGCCAUCACAGCAGUUUUGGCUUUUCCCAAUGAAUAUACUCGAAUAAGCUCUAGUGAGCUGAUAUCUGAACUUUUUAAUGACUGUAGCUUGCUGGACUCGUCCAAACUCUGUGAUUACAAUAAUGAUGAUGUUAAUACCACGAAUGGAGGCAUCCUUCCGGACCGUCCCGCUAGUAAAGGAGUCUACACUGCGCUAUGGCAGUUGUCUCUUGCAUUAAUUUUCAAAGCUGUUAUCACCAUCUUUACGUUUGGAAUGAAGGUUCCCUCUGGACUUUUUAUUCCCAGCAUGGCUGUGGGUGCUAUUAUGGGGAGACUGAUGGGAAUAAGUGUAGAACAACUGGCCUACUACCAUCAUGACUGGGCAAUUUUCAAAGGAUGGUGCAACCAAGGAGCCGACUGUAUCACACCAGGUCUCUAUGCCAUGGUGGGAGCAGCAGCUUGUUUAGGUGGAGCAACACGAAUGACUGUUUCCUUAGUUGUCAUAAUGUUUGAGUUGACUGGGGGUCUGGAAUAUAUUGUGCCUUUAAUGGCUGCUGCCAUGACCAGCAAGUGGGUAGGAGAUGCACUGGGACGGGAGAGCAUCUAUGAUGCUCACAUUCACCUAAAUGGCUACCCCUUUUUAGAAGCCAAAGAAGAGUUUAGCCACAAAACACUAGCAAUGGAUGUGAUGCGCCCAAGGCAUAAUGACCCAUCACUGACGGUCCUUACUCAAGACAGCAUGACUGUGGGGGACAUAGAAGCAGCUAUCAACGAAACAACGUAUAGUGGCUUUCCUAUAGUUGUCUCCAGAGAGUCACAAAGGCUUGUGGGCUUCGUUCUGAGGCGAGAUCUGAUCAUCUCUAUUGAGAGUGCCAGGAAGAAACAGGAUGGGAUAGUGAGCGCAUCACGAAUUUACUUCUCGGAGUACACACCACCGCAGCCUGCUACCUCACCAGCAAGCCUAAAACUACGUACCAUUAUGGACCUCAGUCCGUUCACAAUCACUGACCAGACACCUAUGGAAAUUGUGGUAGAUAUUUUCCGAAAGCUUGGCCUGCGCCAGUGCCUGGUGACGCACAAUGGGAGAUUACUUGGAAUUAUAACAAAAAAGGAUGUCUUGAAACAUAUAGCACAGAUGGCCAACCAAGAUCCAGACUCCAUAUUGUUUAACUGAACAAUUUACCUAACAUUUUUGCCAAUCACAGACUAACUCUGAAUCUUUUGAAGCCAUGCUUCUUUUCACUGUAUGGUGUGUCCUACACCUUCAGACUGGGAAGAUGUUUCACCUAUUCUAAAGGAGCUGCUGCCACUUUAUUUUGAAUGGACUUAAAAAUAAUGGAAGCAUACUUUCGAUGGGGGGUACUAAAGGAUAACCAUCUACCACAGCCCCUUCCUUUGUGGUAAAGUGGGCACUUCAGAACUGUUGGACUGUAGCUUUGGUAUAUACCUGUGGAGGAAAUUCAUUUUUAUUUUUUAUUUUUUUUGAAUGAGGGAAGGUAGUUUGGAAAUUAAGCAGGAAACCAGAAAAGGCAAAAUUAAAGCACGUUUAUGGGAGAGAAUGCACCUUUAUUAGACAAAGAAGAAUAAAUUAUGUAUUUAACCAUAACAAUGUACUGUCUUUUAAAGGUCUACUAAUGGUCCACUUAUAUCAGAAGACGCUUGGGUUUAAUGCAUUUGUACACACAUUGUGUUUGCGCAAUGCAGAUGGACUCGUUUUAACUAAAGACAAGCUUCUUAACCUUAUGGUUAUCUGAAAUUAAUUAUUACAAAUGAAGUAUAGUUUAAAUGCAAAAUGAUCAUUAUUGUGCCAGAAAAUCUUGCAUUGUGAAUAAUCCUUAAUCUUGCUUUUGAAAUGUGCAAUUCUAAACUGUUACACAUUUAAUGGAUCAUAUAUAAUUAUAUCUGUAUUUUUUUAUUUCUAAGGUUUUCAGAUCAAAGAAUAGAGAAUUCUAUUUUGUAAUUGUACAUGGGCCCAGAUUUCAGAAUGGCUUGUAAUCCAUCAACAAAAUUAAAAGUGAAAAUUAAGGUUUUCAGUUGACUUUUGAAA